AUGAAAGCGACAUUGACUCCAGUAUUACGAGCAUCAAAAUCUCCUGCAGACCCAGUCCUGUCUUCGAGCUGGUGGUCCAAGAUUCGACAGCAGCUCAGUACCGGCCAAACACCCCAGGACCUCAUCUCGACGCGACCCAUUUGCGUUGCUGCCGCCGGGUAUGUCAGAUCAUGCUCAUGUUUGUUUUCUAGCUUCAUAUGCAGAUCCCCAUUCUCGAAUCCUGGCGCAGGUAACUGGCUGCUAUACUCACGACCCAGGAGUGCCGCCUCACCGACCUUGGGUCGAUAUGCCGGGCCGCUAUUCAAAGUCACAUUGCAGUUGACAUAUGCAGCCACCCACAAUACUGAUGGAGUAGAGUAG